ACUGUGUACUGGGAAGCCCAACGCCAUAGUACAACCCCUCUGGUUUUCUCGUCACUCCUUCUCACUCCCGCUCGGAUAUCGCUGUUUUGGAACACAAUAUCCUUCUCGAGUGGUUGGGUUGCGGCGAACCAUCGACGCGCAAAGGCUGCAUCAUGACCUCCAAAUUCAGCGACAAGCGGAGGGUUUCGGUGGCCGUGGCCAUCUCUGUCGCCCUAUUCUUCGGCGAGAUCGCAGCGGCCUACAAGACGGGCAGCCUUGCUCUCAUGGCCGAUGCCUUUCAUAUCCUGAACGAUGUUCUCUCUUAUGGCGUGACGCUGGCUGCCAUCCUUAUCACGAAGAAGCCCAAGUACCGCCAGGAUCUCUCCUUUGGCUGGCAGCGGGCUCGGGUGCUCGGAGCCUUCUUCAACGGAUCUCUGCUGCUCGCCAUAGCGUUCAGCAUUCUUCUCCAGUCUACCGAGCGCUUCAUCUCGCUGAAAAGAAUUGAAGACCCGAUGCUUGUCCUUAUCAUGGGCGGCGUUGGCCUCGGCUUGAAUAUCAUCACAGCUGCAUUCCUACAUGAACAUCACGGUACACAUCACCAUAACCUCAACCAACAACAGCAACGGCAACGGCGACAACAACAGCACCAACUUCAUUUCCAAGGUGACCCCGAUUCCGAAGUCUCGUUUGGAACUGCGCUCUCUUCCCUCAUCUGCCUGCACCAUGACCACAGCCAGGCGGAAUGCCCCUUCGACCCUGACUCCCACGCUGGCCACCGGCAUACCGGCCACUCCAUCCAGGCUCCCGGCAGGGACCUUGGUAUGUUGGGCGCUGUUCUGCACGUCUUCUCGGACUGCCUAAGUAACGUGGGCGUUAUCAUCGCCGCGCUCAUCGUGUGGCUCACAUCUUGGUCGGCCAGAUACUACGCCGACCCGGCCGCCAGCAUAGCCAUCUCGGCCAUGAUUGUAUGGUCCGCGAUCCCCCUAGUCAAGCGCAGCGGGGCCAUCCUCCUGCAAAGCGCGCCGCCGGGGGUCAACCUCGACGAUAUCAAGCACGACAUCAAAAAGGGCGGUAACAUAACACAGAUCCCCGGCAUAAUCUCAGUGCACGAGCUCCACGUCUGGCGUCUCGACCAGGCCAAGGCCGUCGCGUCGGCGCAUAUUGUCGUUUCGGACCCGGACGUCGCCAGCUUCAUGGCCAAGGCAAAGACCAUCAGGGAGUGUCUACACGCCUACGGUAUCCACUCGGGGACGCUGCAGCCGGAGCUCUCGGCGACCGUUGCCGUCGCCAACUGCCCCGCAAGCAGUACGAUUGCUGAGACCGGUAAUACGAGUGCUGUCACCGACGGCGCCGCCGCUGCUCCGGAGGUUUUUGGCGGUGGCGCCCCCCAAGGCUGCCAGCUUGUCUGCGGCAAUGGCGUGUGCGGCCAUCUCAUGUGCUGCGGUGGACCGGUUCAAGUUUGAGGGAGGUUUUUUAUGCGGUGACUUUCUAAGGGUAUCGGAUGAGCAGGCUUGGGACUGGCUCAAGUUCAUGGGGGAUCGCCUUAUGACUAAGAUCUCGAUCCGGCCGCGGUUA